AGAUGGGCAACAGAGGGAAGGCGUGAGUGGGAUUUUACGCAUGCGCGCCUGGCUUUCUCCGUUCCCUGACGCUUCCUUUCCGCCCUUUGGCGAAGAUGGCUUCCCGCGCGGGACCCCGAGCGUCGGGGACCGACGGCAGCGAUUUCCGGCACCGCGAGCGUGUGGCCGAGCAUUAUCAGAUGAGCGUCUCCCUCAAGUCUGAGAUUAAGAAGUUGAUCUACAUGCAGGUGGCUCUGUGGCUGCUGGUGGUGGCGCAGAUGUGUGUCGCUCACUUCAAGUGGCUGCCCCACGACCAGGUGGCCAUGCCUUACCAGUGGGAGUACCCGUACUUACUCAGCAUCGUCCCAUCGCUGUUUGGCCUCUUCUCCUUCCCCCGCAACAACAUCAGCUACCUGGUGCUCUCCAUGAUCAGCACAGGGCUGUUCUCGGUAGCGCCUCUCAUCUACGGCAGCAUGGAGAUGUUCCCCAUGGCCCAGCAGCUCUACCGCCACGGCAAGGCCUACCGCUUCAUCUUCGGGUUUUCCGCCGUCUCGGUGAUGUACUUGGUGGUCGUGAUUGCCGUGCAGGUUCACGGCUGGCAGCUUUAUUACAGCAAGAAGCUGCUGGACUCCUGGUUCACCAGCACACAGGAGAAGAAGAAGAAAUGAAGAAAUGGCUCAGAGUUGCAUGUGUGGGGGACCUUGUCCCAGGGCUGGGAGUUGGAGGUGCCUGGCUCGGACAAAGGUGGAACGGGCUCUUUGUCAUCCCCAUUCAGGCAAGCGGAUGGGGGAUGCCAAAGGUCCUAUUCAUGCUAAGUGAAAGUUGAGCCAUAUCUUGGUAUCUUCCAGCUAGGGCUGGGAGACUCCCAGUAUGGACAGCUUUCCUUGGGAGGGGUUUAAGGGAUCUUCUGCCUUCAGGAGAGGCAGCCAAUGCCAUUGGGUAAGAGGUCAUCCUCAUGAUGCUGAAGGUGCUGGCAGCUCACAAUGAGCGGACUGGAUGUUGCGAUGCAAAGGGAUCGCCAACCUUAGAAAGCCACCAUGAUUAUUGCCUUUGUUUUUAGCUGUGCUGUCGCCUGGGGGAUUAAACUAGUUUGGUGGGACAGUAUUUCACAUUGAGGCCCAGAUCCCUUGCAUUUGCUCAUCCUGGAACUCUCAGUAGGGGGUGCCCUAGGCCCUGGCCCCAUAGAGAGAGCUGCUACUAUGUGCCACGAUCCCCCCCCCCGCCCCCCCGGGGAUGGGCCACUUUGCGGGAGGUGGGGGAAGAAGGAUGUCUUGAGCUGCUGAUUUUCCCCAGGAAGAACAGGGCUUCCAGCCAGAUGUUGUCACACUACGUGUUUCUUCUUUGCUCACCCACAGCGGAUUGGGGUGUGGGACCCGUGAUGCCUCUUGGGACCUUGUGUACUUUCCAUGCUCACGCAGACCAGCGCUGCUUCAGGAUUCCAUCCCUGUUCAGGCAUUCCCUUUUCCUCAAGCAGAGACAAUGGCUGCCUCCUCCUCCUUCCCAGGCACCGGGUUUCAGCAUCCCUCCUAUGUGCUUCAAAACCAAAUAAAAGAGCUGAACUGGA